GGAUUUGAAGUUUUGAACUCAGUCUCUUGAAGGGAUAAAAUCAAAUUCUUAGCAUUGAACUGACAUAUCGUAUCUCUUGUCAUAUUUUUUUAUUGUAGGAAAACAAAAUAAAAGAAACAAUAGAAGAUACUAGAAUUGAAAUUAAUGAGCUCAAGGGGGAAAAUGUAUCAGAAUGCAGAAUCAAAAUUAAGGGAAUGACAUGCACAAGUUGUUCUCAGUCUGUUGAGCAAACCCUACAAAUGGUUGAUGGAGUGAAAAAGGCGGUAGUUGGUCUCGCCUUAGAGGAAGCAAAAGUACUCUUUGAUCCUAAACUCAUUCAUACCAACAAAAUAAUUGAAGCCGUAGAAGAUGCUGGUUUUGGAGCAGAACUCAUUAUCUCAAAGAAUGAUAUGAACAAAGUGCAUCUCAAACUUGAAGGAGUAGAAUCUCAAGAAGAUUUAAAUGUUAUAGUUUCUUCUCUUAAUUUAUCUGCUGGUGUGAACCAUGUUGAAAUGGAUUUGACAGAACAAAAAGUUACUGUUAGCUAUGAUUCAGACAUUACAGGUCCAAGAUUUCUUAUACAGUGUAUUCAGGAAGCUAGUAGUGGCAACAGUGUGUAUCAAGCAACUUUGCAUACUAAUUCAGGAAAAAGGGAGAUGGAGAAAGUGAAUGAAAUUCGUAUGUACAGGAACCAAGUUUUGUUAAGCUGCUUAUUUUCUGUUCCUGUGUUUGUGUUUUCCAUGAUUCUUCCCAUGCUUCCUCCAUAUGGCAACUGGUUAGACUAUAAGAUUCAUAAUAUGUUCACUCUUGGGUUGUUUUUGAGAUGGAUCCUCAGCACUCCUGUGCAGUUCAUUGUUGGAAAAAGGUUCUAUUUAGGAUCAUAUCAUGCACUAAAGCGAUGGUCUGCUAACAUGGAUGUGCUGGUUGCACUUGGAACUAAUGCUGCUUAUUUUUACUCAGUCUAUGUUGUAAUUAAAGCACUGACUUCAUCAACAUUUCAAGGACAAGAUUUCUUUGAGACAAGUUCAAUGCUGAUAUCAUUUAUUCUCUUAGGAAAAUAUUUGGAGAUUAUGGCUAAAGGGAAAACAUCAGCUGCUUUAGAAAAGCUCAUAAAACUUGUUCCUGAUAAAGCUUUUUUACUAGCUAUUGAUACUAAUGUAAAUGUCGUUACCGAGACGGAAAUCGACACUGAACUUAUACAAAAGAAUGAUAUAAUUAAGAUUGUUCCUGGUGCCAAAAUUCCAGUUGAUGGUGUUGUUAUAAAAGGGAAGAGCUGUGCAAAUGAAAGUAUGAUCACAGGGGAAUCAAGACCUGUUAAUAAAAUUCCAGGAGAUAAGGUUAUAAGUGGUACCAUCAAUGAGAAUGGUUGCUUGCUGGUCAAGGCAACUCAUGUUGGAUCUGAGACUGCACUUUCUCAAAUUGUUCAACUUGUAGAAGCUGCUCAACUUGCAAGAGCACCAGUUCAGAAACUUGCAGAUGAUAUUUCAAGGGUUUUUGUUCCAAUUGUUGUUUCUAUAGCAAUCAUAACUUGGCUGGGAUGGUUUAUUCCUGGAGAAGCAGGUUUAUACCCUAAAUAUUGGAUACCAAAAGCUAUGGAUGCAUUUGAAUUUGCUUUGCAGUUUGCUAUUUCUGUGCUGGUUGUUGCUUGUCCAUGUGCUCUUGGUCUAGCUACACCAACAGCAAUCAUGGUUGCUUCAGGAGUUGGUGCUUCUCAAGGUGUGCUCAUCAAGGGUGGAGAUGCAAUGGAAAAGGCACACAAGGUAAAAAUUGUUGUCUUUGAUAAGACUGGGACUUUGACAAUUGGGAAACCAGAGGUAGUUAGUGCAGUGCUGUUUUCUAAAUUUUCUAGGGAAGAGUUAUGUGACAUGACAAUUGCUGUAGAGGCAAAUAGUGAACAUCCUAUAGCAAAAGCUGUUGUGACACAUGCUAAGAGGCUGAAGCAGAGUUGUGGAUCCCAAAGCAUUGAACAAAUCCAAGAUGUGAAGGAUUUUGAGGUACACGUGGGAAGUGGUGUAAGUGGAAAAGUUAAGGCAAAAACAGUUUUAGUUGGAAACAAGAAACUCAUGAAUGCUUUUAAUGUACCUAUAAGUCCUAUGGUGGAGAAAUACAUGUCUGAGAAUGAAAUUCUUGCAAGAACUUGUGUAUUGGUUUCAAUUGAAGGAAAUAUUGCUGGAGCAUUUUGUGUGACUGAUCCUGUUAAGCCAGAGGCAAAGAGUGUUAUAUCUUUUCUCCACAACAUGGGGAUCUCAACCAUCAUAGUUACUGGUGAUAAUUGGGCCACUGCUAAUGCUAUUGCAAAUGAAGUUGGUAUUAGUGAGGUUUUUGCUGAGAUAGAUCCUAUGGGAAAAGCUGAUAUAGUCAAAGACUUGCAAAUGAAAGGAAUGACAGUGGCAAUGGUUGGUGAUGGAAUAAACGAUUCGCCAGCCUUAGCAGCAGCUGAUGUUGGAAUGGCAAUUGGUGCUGGAACAGACAUAGCAAUAGAAGCAGCUGAUGUAGUUCUUGUCAAAAGCAACUUAGAAGAUGUUGUUACAGCAAUAGAUUUGUCUAAAAACACCAUUUCUCGUAUAUGGAUAAACUAUAUAUGGGCUUUUGGUUACAACAUUCUUGGUAUGCCAAUUGCAGCUGGUGUUUUGUACCCUUUUUUUGGAAUCAGGUUGCCUCCAUGGCUUGCUGGUGCUUGCAUGGCUGCUUCAUCACUUAGUGUGGUUUCUUCAUCCCUCUUGUUAAUGCUCUAUAAAAAGCCUUUGAAAAUGGAUUGCACUUUAUCUCAUAUUUAAAAGUCUUCAUUUGGGUUUGUGAAGAUAGGGAAAAAAUGGAACGAGGCUAAUGUUUUUUUGUGUUUCUCUGUUUGUAGUUUCUAGUACUAGUUUUUUAGGGUGAUGAGGUUUCUUGUUAGUUUUGGUGAUUUGUGUUUUAGGCUUAGAUUGUUAGGAUGUUUUGUUGAUCUUUAGGCUUUGUCUUUGCUACAGAAACUUAUCCUAGUGUGGAAAAUCUAGGCAAAGAUUAUUUUAGUCAAGGAUCAAAUUUUAAUACUUUCAACUCAUUUAUUUAAUAUUUUAUUGAGAAAUGUAUUAAUCACU